AUGAAAAGGAAACGCCAGCGAGAACAAAACGAAGCAGAAACCUGUUUUCAAUCUGUUCGGGUCGGGGCGGAACUAAAUAAUGAAAUUAUAAGACAAAACUACUUCUUUACAGUUCACUGCUCUCCAUGCUCUUUGCUGAGACUUCUCUUCUUUCGCAACUUCUCCAAAGAUCAGUUAGGCACGUUCCUGAACGAGGCGAUCACAACUUCAAGCUCUAGUCCUCAGAGGUCACGACUUCAUUACAAAGAGGAAGUAAUCUCAGGAUCCAAGGACAUUACCUCCAGGAUUAACUCCUUCCUUCCUCCAGGACUGGUCCAUUCUUCCUCAGGAGUCCUUUGUCCGAUCGCAGUAGCCGCCGUGGUACCGUUACCCACCGCCAUUACAGACCACUGUUCAUCAAAGCACGUCUGCUAUUGCCGUGAAAGUCUCAAUCAGCCAACUCGCACAUCGGAUAACUCCAGAUCGGAAAACGUAAACGAAUCGGAUUAA